AUGGCCUCCUUCUUUGCCUUUACCCUGCUUUUCGGGCUCUGUCUUUUGCAAGCUGCAGGCGCACAGACCUACAAUGAGCCCUACAGACCUCGUUAUCACUUCACCCCGGCGAAGAACUGGAUGAAUGAUCCAAACGGCCUGCUCUAUUACAACGGCAUCUAUCAUCUUUACUACCAGUACAACCCUGGCGGGAACACCUGGGGAGCUAUGUCAUGGGGCCAUGCGACCAGCGAUGAUCUGACGCAUUGGAAGCACGAACCUAUUGCCCUGCUUGCCCGUGGCUACCCAGAUAACAUCUCUGAGAUGUUUUUUUCCGGUUCUGCCGUCGCGGAUACCAAAAACACAAGCGGCUUUGGCAAAAACGGGGCCGUUCCAUUUGUGGCAAUGUACACCUCCUAUUAUCCCAUGUCACGCAAUCUACCCAGCGGCAAGUCAGUCACCGGUGGGCAGCAAGCUCAAUCGAUUGCCUUUAGCUUGGACGAGGGAGUGACGUGGACAACAUACGAUGCCGCCAACCCCGUCAUCCUCAACCCGCCCGCACCCUACGCAGAUCAGUGGCGUGACUUCCGAGACCCCUUUGUGUUUUGGCACGAGACAACCCAGAAAUGGGUCUCAGUCAUCUCACUAGCCCAACUCCACAAGCUCCUCAUUUACACCUCGCCCAACCUGAAGGAGUGGACCUAUGCCAGCGAGUUCGGCCCGAUGAACGCAGUCGGCGGUGUCUGGGAGUGUCCUAGCAUCUUCCCGCUUGCCCUCGACGAAAACGAAGCCGUAACCAAGUGGGUUCUACAGAUUGGACUCAACCCUGGGGGGCCACCUGGAGUUGUUGGCUCGGGAACGCAAUACAUCGUCGGCAGUUUCAACGGCACGGCAUUCGUUGCAGACUCCGACAUUCUGCCUCCGUCUCCAACCUCUACAUCUGUGUCCACAUCCACCAGUGCCGGUUCACAGACAUCCACCACUUGUUCUUGUCCAGGAGCAACUGGGGAUGUUACAUUCCAAGACUUCGAAGGCACAGCCGACUAUGGGUCUCGCGGUUGGGUUGCCACAGGGGGGUUCGUCGGGGCGGCACCGGCCCAAGGGACUCUGCCUGGGCAGCAAACCGUCUCCGGAUAUACCGGUACUCGGCUCGUGAAUACUUUCUUGAGUGGAGACUCGACCACCGGCACGCUCACCUCGCCGCCCUUCACGAUCACCCGGCCGCUUAUCAACUUCCUCAUUGGCGGCGGCAAUGCACCAGGCGUGGAAUGCAUCAACUUGAAGAUCCAAGGUCAAAGCCAAGCUGUGCGUAGUGCCACAGGCCGCAAUGAGGAGAGACUCAUCAAACAGACGUGGGAUGUCACCGAGUACAUUGGCCAAACUGCCGUCAUUGAGAUCGUGGAUCAGCAAACGGGCGGUUGGGGGCAUAUCCUCAUUGACGAGAUCACCUUCACCGGUGAUGCUACUCCUCCCCCCCCCAGCAGUGAUGGAGUUUUCAACUUCAAUGGCACCAGUACCUUUGAGAGUCGCGGAUGGACCGCUACUGGAGAUCUGGUCGGGAAGAGCCCGGCCCAGGGGACGCUGGCGGGACAGCAGGUUGUGACGGGGAAUCGAGGAAACUUCGUCAACACCUUCUACAAUGGCGAUGCGACGACUGGGACGCUGGUCUCGCCCACCUUCACGAUCACCAAGAAGCGAAUCAACUUUCUCAUUGGCGGCGGGAACGCCCCAGGUCAGCAAUGUAUUAACCUCAAGGUCGGUGGCCAGGUUGUCCGCACUGCCACGGGCGGUGAUAGCGAACAGCUCCUGCCUAAGAGCUGGGACGUUACAGCUCUGAUUGGCCAGAGCGCCGUUAUUGAGAUUGCAGAUGUCACGACCACGGGCUGGGGACAUAUCCUGGUGGAUGAGAUCUCCUUCUCGGAUGUGCCGGCUGAGCCGCGAGGGACCAUCUGGAUGGACUGGGGCCCGGACUACUAUGCUGCCGCACCAUUCAAUGGACUUCCGUCUGCAAACCGCACCAACAUUGCUUGGAUGAACAACUGGCAAUACGCGAGCAAUAUCCCGACCUCUCCAUGGCGGAGCAUGUUGUCGAUCCCUCGGAAGCUGUCACUCAAGACCAUCAACGGAUGGCCAACACUCAUCCAGCAACCUGCCGUCAAUUGGGCCGCUCUCCAGACGGGAACGUAUUCCAGUGAUUUGGGCACCGUGGCUGAAGGGAACUACCCCAUUCCGCUGUCUGGGAAGUCCUUUGACAUCACAAUGACAUUCUCGGACCGGAACUCGGCGUCCUCAUCUCAGUUCGGUAUCCUUCUCAGAGCAACCUCUGACCAGGCACAGCAGACGCGGAUUGGGUACGACUUCAGCACAAAGAGGAUGUUUGUCGAUCGAACCAAGUCUGGAAAUGUUGGCUUCGACGGGACUUUCUCCAAUACGUAUUACGCACCGCUGGCUCCUGGCACUGACGGUAGGGUCACUAUGCGCAUCCUUCUUGAUUCCUCUUCGGUUGAAGUCUUCGGUGGCGAAGGCGAGGUCACGUUGUCGGCGCAGAUCUUUCCCCAGGACACAGGCAUCGAUGUCCGGCUCUUUUCAACUGGGGGAAGUACAAAUGGCGUCACGAUUGGGGCGAAGAUGCUGCGGUCUGCUUUCAGUACGCCCGCCAACAGCACGAGCGCCACGAGCACCAGCCGCACUAGCUCAACUAGCACGACCCUCAGCACGACUCUCAGCACGACACUCAGCACGACUCUCAGCACGACUCUCAGCACGACUUUCAGCCUGACCGUAACCAAUACGAUCGCCACAAGCACGACCACCGCCGUCCGCCCUUCUGCCAGCGCCCCCAUCGACUUUCGCCCUGUUUUCCACUUCGUGCCAGAGAAGAAUUGGAUGAAUGAACCCAAUGGUCUGAUCAAGAUCGGGUCGACAUGGCACCUGUUCUUCCAACACAACCCCACCGGAAACUUUUGGGGUAACCUCAGUUGGGGCCACGCAACCAGUGUUGAUCUGGUGUCCUGGACUCACAAACCAGUUGCAAUCUCCAGCGCAGACGGCAUACAAGCGUUCACCGGGACCGCGUAUUUCGACCCUCACAACCUUUCGGGAUUGGGAUCGUCAUCAAACCCACCGUAUCUCGCCUUCUAUACCGGUUACUUCCCUUCCACAGGGGUGCAGGAUCAGCGGCUGGCGUACAGCCUCGAUCAGGGUAUCACAUGGACCAAACAUGCAGGCAACCCGAUCAUUUCGAAAGCCCAAGGAGCGCCCCAUGAUAUCACUCAGGGUCUGGAAAUCAGGGAUCCCAAAGUCAUUUACCAUACUCCCUCGGGCCGCUGGGUCAUGAUUCUCGCGCACGGCGGCCAGAACAAGGUCACUUUCUGGACGUCGAGCGACGCACUAUCUUGGACCUGGAGAAGCGAUUUCAAUGCUAGUCACAUUUCAAACCUACCCAGCGGGAUCAAGGGGUGGGAAGUGCCCGACUUUUUCGAGCUCCCAGUCAAGGGAACGACACAGAAAAAAUGGGUCAUGCUCAUCACUCCUGCCACUGGAUCGCCCGCUGGCGGCAAUGGCGUCUUCGCGCUCACAGGGGCUUUCGACGGUGCCGUGUUCACAGCGGACCCCGUUGACCCCAGCGCAUUUUGGCUCGACUACGGCCGCGACUUUGACGGGGCCCUCGUCUGGGAAAAUGUCCCCGCUUCCGACGGACGCAGGAUCCUAGCUUCCGUGAUGAACAGCUACGGUGGACAUCCUCCGACAAACACAUGGAAGGGCAUGCUUUCCUUCCCUCGCACGCUGGAGCUCCGGCAGCUGGACGGCAAGCUGCAAUUUUUGCAGAUGCCCGUGAAGGAGCUCGAGGCGCACAGGUGGCUCGUGGCCAAUAUCGCGAACCAAAGCAUCGCCCCGGGACAGUCACUGCUAUCCGGAGUCCAUUCCCGCACACUCGACAUCAAAAUGUCCUUCACGCCAUCCCCCGGUUCUACCCUCUCGCUCGCUGUUCGCAAGGCUGGCUCUCAGCAGACUGUCAUCAGGUAUGUGCAGAGCUCUCAGCAGCUCUCGGUUGAUCGCAAUGCUAGCGGGAACAUCUCGUAUGAUCCCGCGGCCGGGGGCGUCCACACCGCCGCUGUGCGCCCUGGCGCAAAUGGGGAGGUGCAAGUGCGUGUCUUGGUUGAUGUAUGCUCUCUUGAGGUGUUUGGGGGGCAGGGCGAGGCGGUCAUCUCUAACUUGAUCUUCCCUGAUGUGUCGGCCGAUGGUGUGUCUCUGGAGGUGUCAGGGGGAAGUGUGGCUUUAAGGUCGGUGGAGGUGUGGGAGGUCCACCUUUGAGCCGGGUUGCGUUGGGCAACAUGUUUGCUGAUGUCUCCGUGGAAACACGGUCCCUGCUGGUUUCUUCUCUGCUUUUUAACCUAGUUAAG